CACAGUCCCGGCGUGGGGGUUGGGGGGGAGAACCCGGUUAAUCUCCGCCUUCCCUUCUCCAGCGCGCCCCCCCCAACCCCGCACGCCGGUGAAGCUGCGGUGUGAAAUGACGCCGCACCACCCCCGCUUCUCAGUGCCACAGGACUGGAGCUGCACAAAGUUUGCAGGGUUUGGGGCGUAAUUACCUCUGCCGAAGAAUCUAUUCCCACAGAAAGCUUCGCUGGAGAGAUUACAAUGCUUUGAGCCGUACCGCAUUUCAGAGGGGGAAAAAAAGUUACCUAGGAGGUCUGAAUUUUCAAAGAAAUUUGCAUACAUGCAAAUGUGCAGCCGGGCCUCCUCCUCGGUUCCCUCGGUGCCCACACAGUGGCCCGGGGGGUGCAGGGCAUCCUGGCCCAGGGGCCCGAUUCCUCCACCGAGACGCACACGCACACCCCACCGCCCGGCAGUUAUGUAUUCUCCGCUCUGUCUCACCCAGGAUGAAUUUCAUCCUUUCAUCGAAGCACUUCUGCCCCAUGUCCGAGCCUUUGCCUACACAUGGUUCAACCUGCAGGCCCGCAAACGGAAAUACUUCAAAAAACAUGAAAAGCGUAUGUCAAAAGAAGAAGAGAGAGCCGUGAAGGAUGAAUUGCUAAGUGAAAAACCAGAAGUCAAGCAGAAGUGGGCAUCUCGACUCCUGGCGAAGUUACGGAAAGACAUCCGACCCGAGUACCGAGAGGAUUUUGUUCUUACAGUUACAGGGAAAAAACCUCCAUGUUGUGUUCUUUCCAACCCUGACCAGAAAGGCAAGAUGCGCAGAAUUGACUGCCUCCGCCAGGCAGACAAAGUCUGGAGGUUGGACCUUGUGAUGGUGAUCUUGUUUAAAGGUAUUCCGCUGGAAAGUACUGAUGGCGAGCGCCUUGUAAAGUCCCCACAAUGCUCGAAUCCAGGGCUCUGUGUCCAACCCCAUCACAUAGGGGUUUCUGUUAAGGAACUCGAUUUAUAUUUGGCAUACUUUGUGCAUGCAGCAGAUUCAAGUCAAUCUGAAAGUCCCAGCCAGCCAAGUGAUGCUGACAUAAAGGACCAACCAGAAAAUGGACAUUUGGGCUUCCAGGACAGUUUUGUCACAUCAGGUGUUUUUAGUGUGACUGAGCUAGUAAGAGUGUCACAAACACCAAUAGCUGCAGGAACUGGCCCCAAUUUUUCUCUCUCAGAUUUGGAAAGUUCUUCAUACUACAGCAUGAGUCCAGGAGCAAUGAGGAGGUCUUUGCCCAGCACAUCCUCUACGAGCUCCACAAAGCGCCUCAAGUCUGUGGAGGAUGAAAUGGACAGUCCUGGUGAGGAGCCAUUUUAUACGGGCCAAGGGCGCUCCCCAGGAAGUGGCAGUCAGUCCAGCGGAUGGCAUGAAGUGGAGCCAGGAUUGCCAUCUCCAACCACACUGAAGAAGUCCGAGAAGUCUGGUUUCAGCAGCCCCUCCCCUUCGCAGACCUCCUCCCUGGGCACUGCGUUCACACAGCAUCACCGCCCCGUCAUCACAGGACCCAGAGCAAGUCCACAUGCAACACCAUCAACUCUUCAUUUUCCAACAUCACCCAUUAUCCAGCAGCCUGGGCCUUACUUCUCACACCCAGCCAUCCGCUAUCAUCCUCAGGAGACGCUGAAAGAGUUUGUCCAACUUGUCUGCCCUGAUGCUGGUCAGCAGGCUGGACAGGUGGGGUUCCUCAAUCCCAAUGGAAGCAGCCAAGGCAAGGUGCACAACCCAUUCCUUCCAACCCCAAUGUUGCCACCACCACCGCCACCACCGAUGGCCAGGCCUGUGCCUCUGCCGGUGCCAGACACGAAGCCUCCCACCACGUCAACAGAAGGAGGCGCAGCCUCCCCCACCUCACCAACCUACUCGACACCCAGCACCUCCCCCGCAAACCGAUUCGUCAGUGUUGGACCACGGGAUCCAAGCUUUGUAAAUAUCCCUCAACAGACACAGUCCUGGUACCUGGGAUAAAAGUUGCAGCGUCCCACCAUCCAUCAGACAGACCACCUGACCCCUUCUCAACUCUGUAACACGGACGCAACCUCAACCCAGCGCGGUUACAACUUCACUGUCAGUGGAAGGGGAGGAAACCCAAUUCAAAUCAACUUGUACAUGGAAACAGCGAGCAUUAUGGUCAAAUAGCAAAGGCCAUAACCUUUUGGGAUUUUUUUUAAGAAAAAAAAAAAUACUUUAGGGACUGUUGUAAUUUCUCAUAUGGUGCUGGAAAUGGUUGGGCUUUGUAACAUUUGAAGUGUUUUCCGUGGUAGCGUGAGCAGCAGCUGACAUGGCCAGGGGAGGACUAAGCUUGCUCACUGACUUCCUGUUGUAACAUACUUUCCUUACAGAGCCUGGCUGUUUCACAGUAUUUCAUGAAGUUACCCACGCAGGUGUGGUCCUCCCAGAGCAUUCGGGAGACACAGGGACAACUAAACUUUUUGUAGUAGCUGAGAUCUGCAAUAUAUAACUUACAGGACAGUCAAAGGGCAAUGUUUUUUCUGUAACAUAAUGGAAGAAGAAAAUGCAGUUAUGUUCCUUUUGUAUCUUUUCUUUUAGUUCAGUUUGGUUCAGCAGUCAGCAGUUCAGUACUAACAUGGCCCACAAGGACAAUGAAUCCUCUCACGUUGCAGAACAAUUCUGAAAACGGCAAACAACUACUACUACUACUACUACUACUAC